AUGCCAUUGUGGGCUGGCCUGGCAGCGUCCACGAUUCAACUGUUUGGGCUUCCGCUGCACCAGCACUGCAACCUCUGUCCUACUUCGACCCGGACCAGUACCAAGCUGGCGACUCUGACUUUCCCUUCAGCCGCUACAUGCUCACCUCUUACUGCUUGCCCUCCGCGCGUGAACCUUGCCCUCCUAACAGUCGACAUCCGCAACGAGCGCGACGUUCAGUUUGUGUGCAACUGGAUUUUGGCCUGCUGCGGCUUGCACAACAUUGUCAACCGCCUCCGUAAUGGUGAGGAUGAUGUACCGUUGUACUGUGAAGCUCCACGUGCCAGCCAAGUGAGCAACGCCAUUCCACAAGACAAUUGUUUGAUCAUUUAG